UCCUCCUCUCUCUCCUCACCUGUUCCUCAUCUUGUAAUCAGCGUCUGUGUAUUUAGUCUCCGUGUUCCCUUCACUCCUUGUCCGGUCAUUGUUUUCUGUUUGUCUUGGUUUGUCUUUGGCGGUUCAUGUUCCGGUUCGAACUCCUGUUCCGUUUGGUAUGUUUUGGUUUUGAGUUUUCCAUGUUUGAGUUGAACUUUGAUUUUUUGAUUUGUACUUUGUCUCGCUGUUUUCUUUUGUCGUUACUUUAGUCUUGCUGCUUUCUUUGCUACUUUGUUUUGGGGUUUUUUUGGACCCCCUUGGUUUCUCACACUGCGAUUGUUGCAUUCAGCUUUGUGUAAUAAAGCUCACCUUUUGUUUCCCUUAUCUUGCCUCCUGCGUAACUGCGUUUCGGUCCACCUUCCCCUUCCAUAGUCUUCCCUUUUAACCCAACCCUGACAGAAUGACCGGACCAAAAAUGGACCCAGCAGACUACAGCCUACAGCUUUGUAGGCUGGGGGACAGACUGUUGGAGGUUGUGAGUGGCGAGGCUGACACAGAGGAGAAGCUAAGAGCCAUAGCUAGUUUUGAUAAGGAACUGUUUAUUAGGCCUUGGUUGAAGGGAAUCCCAUGUGUCGCACUCUUUAAAGCAGAGCUGGCUAACCUCAGAAAGGCCUUGGUGGCUUCAGCCAUAGCAAAGCUACCAGCCCCAGCCUCAGCUAAAAUGUCUCCUUUCUGGGGAACCCACCUGUCCUACAAAGUGCCCCCACCAAGAAAGUGACGAGACCGUCUACGUCCUGGCUCCCUGAAGUCAGGCUCAGGGGCCUCAGCCCAUACCUCAGCUCCAGCCACAGCCGAGCUCCGAGCCCAGGCCUCAGCCACAGCCGAGCUCCCAGCCCAGACCUCAGUCUCAACCCCGCCAACACCUGCCAGUGGCCCUCAGUCGGCGGUCCAGAUGGCGCCUGUUCCUGCACCUCGGUCGGUGGUCCGGCCGAGGCCUGUUCCUGCACCCACGCCAAGUCCAUUGUCUGCUCCUCGGUCGGGGGCCCGGCCGAGGUUGUUUGUUGCCAGAGACCCUUCAUCGGCUCCUAGGCCAUCAGCUCCCGGCAAAAAUCUUUUGGUGGUCCGGCCAAGACCCUGGAGGGUUUCCCAGCCAGUGGUCUGGUCUUCAGUGGGUCUCAGCCCAUGCCUUCGUCGCCGGCCUCCAGGGGGUUCCUGCCCGCGCUUACGCCUUCGUUGCCAGCCUCCAGCGAGUUCCAGGCCGCGCCUACACCUUCGUCGCCGGCCACCAGAACACCCUCAUUUUCUUCGCCAGCCUCUAGUGGGUCCCAGUCCACAUCCCUGGCCUCCAGUGGGUCCUGGCCCUCACCUCCACCCUCCAGUUUGUUUGGACCUUGGCCCUCCCCCUGACUCUGGAUGUAAUCUAAUAUUGUUCCUUCAUUUUGGAUCUUUGUUCUGCACUCCUACACACUGUUUGCAUCUCUUGUCUCUGUGGUUUACAGGGUGUGCAUGUAGCAGAGCUAAUUUCAAAAAACAGUCCAGUACCAUCACAUUUCCUGUGUCAUAUACGUAUGAUGGGUUAAAAUGUGUGGGCAACAGUGAUGCAGCUCAGCACAAAUGUGUAUGUGAACACACACUUCUGCUUUACAGUGAAAACCUUGUAUCUCCUCAAAGUCACUGUCAAGACUUAAAGGCAACAAACAGUUUUAGUUUGUAGCUUCAAAUAUAUUUGUUUAUUUGAUGAGUGUCUUUAUUUAAAUGAAUAAACCAAUAAAAGUCUCAUUUUGAAACCAUUUCAACUGGAGUGUGUCCUUUCAUGUGUUUAGCAGUGGUCUGUGCUGGUGUCACUUCCUGUGUUAGAGGCUGAACAACUCAAAGACGGACAGCAAAACCAGACAGUCAAACCUGUUUAAGAAUAGCUUCAGUUAAGUUUCCAGUUUGUAAAGAUGUCUGCAGAAAUUCUUGCUGCACCAGAUUCCAGCUUCAAUGUGAGAUUCACCAGAAGAGAGAACAGAGGAGAGGGAGAAGAGAUGGAGGAGGAGAUCUUAGAGGAUGAAGAGCAUCACGCUGAUCUCGGGUCACAACAAGCCAGAUCAAACACUGAACAGAACAGUGCAGCCAUCAAAACAAGAUGUUUCAGAGCUCCUGCAGUGACUCUGGGAGUGAUGUAUCUUCUCAUACUGGCUGGAAUCUACACACGCUAUAUUACUAUCAAUUUGGGAAAAGACCAGUUGCAGAACAAAUAUGACAAACUGAGCAACAACUACACCCAGCUCCAGGAAACAGCUUCAGCCAACAGCAAUCAGCUGAAGAACAGUUAUGAAACCCUGAGUAAAAAUCACAGUAAGUUGCAAGAUCAGGUCAAGAAGCUGAAGGAUGAAAUUAAAGUCAACAACAGUCAGUUACAGGAUGAGUUACAGAAGCUGAAGGACAAAAUUGAAGAGAAGUGGUGUCCUGAUGGAUGGACGAGAUGUGGAUGCAGCUGUUACUUUAGAUCCAAUGAGAUUAAAUCGUGGGAUCAGAGCAGAACUGACUGUCGGAACAAAGGAGCAGAUCUGGUGGUCAUAAACAACAGAGAUGAAAAUAAAUUUGUCAGUGGCCUGAACAACAUGUAUGAAGAGUUCUGGAUCGGUCUAAAGACAGAAUGGUCAUCAGAGAGAAGAAGUUAUGAAUGGAAAUGGGUGGAUGGAUCACCGCUGACAGAAACCUUCUGGGCAGCAGGACAACCAGCUGCUACAUGGGGCUGGUACGCAGCAUACAGCAAUCAACAAGGACGAUGGACACAAAGUCAAAAUUAUCAUAAGAAGUAUUGGAUCUGUGAGAAACGAGUUUCUUGCAUUCUGUGAUGUCAGAAGUGUGUAGUGUUGAGAUCAGCUCUGUAAACUCAGACACAUUUCCAUGUAUUGUGUGUGACAUGCUCAAUAACCUGGAUCACUCAUAUUGUUCCUCUGCCUUACACGCUGUAUAAUCUGACUGGAAGUGAUCCAACACAACUACAUGUGUGUUACUGACUCUGCAGGAUUAUCACAAUAAAAGCUUGUCUUCA